AUGGGGAAUUUUUGUCUAAGUUCUUGUCCGGGAAAGAAGGUGCGAUUAACAGGUCCUGUCAAGGGACGACCAGCUGUAAAUCGUGAUUUGGACAUGGAUUUUGAACGUAUGAGAGGUUUUGGGAUCACUAUGUUAAUAUGUUGUCUAGAUGAUAAAGAGUUGGCAUUUUUGGGAGCGCCAUGGCCGAAAUAUGCGAAAGCUGCCAAAGAACACAAUUUAAAAGUGCUUAGGUUACCGAUGGUAGAAGGUAGUUGUCCCAAUUCAUUAUCUGAAGUCAAAAUGAUUGUCGAAAAAGUGAACGCAGAGAUUAAAGAAGGGUAUAAUGUGUUGGCGCACUGCCGCGGAGGCGUGGGGCGAGCAGGUCUGCUUGCAGGAUGCUGGAUGAUGGAGAAUUUGCUCUGUAAAAAUGUUGAGAGAGCCGUAUCUGUUUUGCGUCAAAGAAGAAGUAUAAAAGCCAUAGAAACAUGUAUUCAGGCUGAAUAUUUAGUUCGUUAUUCGGUCGAUGUACAUAAGCGUUUAGGUAUA